GUAUAGUCAAUUGCUUCUUCUCAUCUUUCUCUGACUCUCUCUCCGCGUUCAUGAAAAAUUAUUAAACAAACAAACAAAACAAGAUUACUUGGUUUUAUUAUCAGCAGAUAGAAAAUACACAAAUUUUAUCAGCUUCACAAGAUCUCUGGAGUUGACAAGGAAGGAUAAGACUGAAAAAAACGUAAUGGAGGGAGUUGGGGCUGAAGGGGAAGGUGGAGCAUCUGCUACUGCUCCCAUGGCUAAAUGGAAAAGCGAUGUUUCUAGACUUUUUCAGCAUUAUCUGGAUAAAUCUACACCUCUGCCAGUUCAUAGAUGGAUUGGAACUUUAGCUGUUGCAUCAAUUUAUAUCUUACGUGUUUACUAUGUUCAAGGGUUUUACAUUGUUUCCUAUGGUCUGGGGAUAUAUCUAUUGAAUCUAUUAAUUGGGUUUCUCUCGCCCAAGAUUGAUCCAGAAAUGGAAGGGUUGGAUGGGGCUUCUUUGCCAACAAAAGGUUCUGAUGAGUUCAAGCCAUUCAUUCGACGUCUCCCUGAGUUCAAAUUCUGGUAUUCCAUCACAAAGGCCUUCUUGGUAGCAUUUUUCAUGACAUUCUUCUCAAUGUUCGAUGUACCUGUUUUCUGGCCCAUUCUGCUCUGUUAUUGGAUGGUUCUAUUUUUCCUCACAAUGAAGCGUCAAAUUCUACACAUGAUCAAAUACAAAUACAUUCCCUUCAGCAUCGGGAAGCAGAGGUAUGGUGGCAAGAAGUCUGGAGCUAGUACCAGUGCCAGCGGCAGUGGCUUAUCCAGGGACUAGAUGCUUGUGAAUGCAAGCUCUGUAUUGGACAGACAUAAGGGACUAGUUAGGAGUAUCACAAAAAUAUCAUGCUUUUAGGGUUUUUUUGAGGACCAUAUAUUUUAUGUAGCUAUUGGAAUUCUGGCACUUCGUACUUCGUAGUUCACUCGAGUCUUUGGCUUCUUGUGCGACUGCUCACAUGGCAGUGCCUCUACACCAAAGUGAAACUUCUGAAUAUAGAAAAAUGAUGGGAGUAUUUUGUUUCACUUAUGUAAGCAAAUUAUGUUGCAUGUCUAAAUUUCCCUCUCUUGUUUUCAGCUCGAUUAAUAUUUUUUGUCAGGGUGAAGUUUUACAAUUCUGAACCUGGGGAUUAUACACCUUUUACUAUAGCUAUUAGUGUAUUUCUUCACCCUGUAGAGGAGUCGAAUCUAUAACAAUGCGUUUGUAUUAAUGAUGCGCUUUUUUAGUUUGGGAUUUCGUUCAACUUGUUUUCUGAGUUUUAAGUAUUCAGGUUGCAUGAAAAUUGACCUCAACUGGUCUGUAAUUUAGUGAUGAUAAAAUGUAUGCAUGCAUACAUGAAGAACAUUUGUAAGUUCUUUUA